AUGGAGCAAGAUCUCUCAGCAAUCAAUCUUAGCGACCUACGAGCUAGUAGCAUCACCGUGUCGACAGAACCACGACCAAAAAUGUCGGACGAGAAGAAGAUCGAGACAGUGCCUGAUGUCGCGAAUCCAAAUGUAGCGUUAUCCGAUGAGGCUAGGUUGCAUCAACUGGGCUACAAGCAAGAGCUGAAGCGAGGAUUGUCGCUGCUCUCCAAUUUUGGGAUUGCGUUUACGAUUCUCAGUAUCCCGACGUCUUUGCUGCCUUUUAUAUACUUUUCGCUGCUUGCGGGUGGACCGAGAGGGAUGUUGAUUACCUGGCCGAUUGUUGGUGUCUUGUCGUUUAUCGUGGGCUUAUCAAUGUCUGAGAUCGUGUCUACAUAUCCGACAUCUGGAGGCCUGUACUAUUGGAGUGCGCAACUCGCUGGCCCGCGGUUGGCACCUGUCUUCUCAUACUUUACGGCAUGGUUUAAUUUUUUGGGACAGUGGGCUCUUACUUCAGCUACGGCAUACGUAUUUGGACAGCAAUUCGCAGCGAUGUUUUAUAUCAAUGGCAUAUUCAAUGUAAAUGACAAUGACACCACGACGUAUACGUACAAGGGUCUCGUAUUGGCUGGCGCUUUCAUAUGUAUCGUGAUUUGCACAUAUGUCAACUCCUUGCCUGUGUAUGUGUUGGAUGCUAUCGGGAAGAUAUGUCUAUUCGCAAACGUCGCCGGCCUCCUAGUCAUAAUCGUCGCAUGCGCCGCCGGUCCAGGCGCCGCCAAAGUCGGAGUUUCUGACCUAUUCAACUCCUGGGCGAACGAAACCGGAUACCCAGAUGCAUACGCCGCAUAUAUAUCUAUCUUGGCUGCAUGCUUGACUUUCUCUGGGUACGACAGUGCUGCUCACUUGGCUGAAGAGACUGGCGAGGUGUCUACACGGGGUCCAAAGGCUAUUCUUGGUGCUAUUUUGCUGUGUUUCCCUAUUGGAUGGAUUACGAUUGCGUUGGUGUUGUCGGCUAUACCGCCAGCAUUGUAUGACUCGAUCUCGGCUGCGCCGAAUACUACUUCGACUGUUGUGGAUAUCUUUGUUGGGUCUGUGGGGAAUAAGGGGGCUAUUGUGUUGAAUGUCAUCAUGUUAUUCAUUGCUUUGACUUGUACUUAUUCGUUACAAGCUACACAUAUGAGACAAUCAUUCGCAUUCUCUCGUGAUGCUGGAUUACCCUUCUCGCACUAUCUACAUUACGUCGACCCAAAGACCCAAAUUCCAAGCAGAAUACUCGGUGUUUUGGCUGUCAUUGACUUUUUGAUCCUGCUACCAUUGCUUCAGUCUCUUGUGUUCUUCUCGGCGGUCAAUUCUAUAGGAGUUAUAGGCACUUAUAUCUGUUAUGGUCUGCCAAUUGGAUUACGGUUUGCUCGGGCUCAUAACUUCCCGAAAGGGCCAUUUAAUCUUGGAUGGUGGGGCAUUCCCAAUGCGGCGAUAUCGUUGGCCUACCUCAUUGUCGCCUCGAUUGCCUUGAUCCUCCCCACUUCCAACGUACCAUUACCGCCAGACACGGCCGUUGGUGAUUACUUGCAAUUGUUCAACUGGGCACCUGUCAUGGUCGGAGGCCUACUUAUAAUCUUGUCCAUUGCGUGGGUUGCAGGUGUCGGAAAGACAUUCAAGGGACCAAAGAUUGAUUCUGUCACGGCGUCCACAUUCAAAGGCGCAGACUUUGCAGCCGCUGGAUUGGAGGUUGGAAUCAGUGCUGCCGAAUUGGCAACAGAAGAUAAGACGCUCUAUGACUAUGUCGAGGAGCCUAUUACUGCUACUAUAUAG